GCCGCGGGGACGACCGCGCUGGUUACGCGGUGCCGCGGCUCGCCAUGAAGCCGCCCAUUUCAAUACAAGCAAGUGAGUUUGAUUCUUCAGACGAAGAGCCUAUUGAAGAUGAGCAGACUCCAAUUCAAAUUUCAUGGCUACCUUUGUCCCGAGUGGAUUGUCCUCAGUUUCUCGGUUUGUGUGCUCUUCCAGGUUGUAAAUUUAAAGAUGUUAGAAGAAAUAUUAAAAAAGAUACAGAGGAACUACAGAGCUACGGGAUCCAAGACGUGUUUGUUUUCUGCACAAGAGGGGAGCUGUCAAAAUACAGAGUCCCAAACCUUCUGGACCUCUACCAACAAUCUGGCAUUGUCACCCACCACCACCCCAUCCCAGAUGGAGGCACCCCUGACAUAGGCAGCUGCUGGGAAAUGAUGGAGGAGCUGGCCACCUGCCUCAAGAGCCACCGAAAAACCCUGAUACACUGUUAUGGAGGACUUGGAAGAUCUUGUCUUGUAGCUGCUUGCCUCCUCCUGUACUUGUCUGACUCAAUAUCACCACAGCAAGCCAUAGACAGCCUUCGAGAUAUCAGGGGAUCUGGGGCCAUACAGACCAUCAAGCAAUAUAACUAUCUUCAUGAGUUCCGGGAUAAAUUAGCUGCGUAUCUAUCAUCAAGAGAUCCGCUAUCAAGAUCUGUGUCCAGAUAAUGAAGAUUCCAAAUACGCGAGCGCAUCUGAAGUUUCCAAGUCCUCUAGCAUAAUCUGUACCGAAACAACUAGUGCUGCCAUCUUGAAUAUAAAUGUUACCUGCAGAUACUCCCGAAGCUGCGUCAUGAAUUCGUUGUUAAGUCGCAGCACAGGGCAGCAGAGCUGGAGCACUGUUGUCCUUCCAGGAAUGCACUGACUGCUCUAUCUUCGACGAAAAAUACUGAGUUUCUUUAACACUCUGCCUCAUCUGACCAUCACUAAUAAGCGUGCAACACAAUCAUAAGAGUGAAAGUUUUGGCCAGGCAGCAGCUGGCACACACCUUUGAUCCCAGCACUCGAGAGACAGAGGCAAGUGGAUCUCUAGAGUUCAAGGCCACCUUGGUCUACAGAGCGAGCUCCAGGACAGCGAGGGCUGCACAGAGAAACCCUGUUUUUGUGUGCACAUGAGUACUUGCGGGGAAACAAGUGUGACACAGCACACGUGGAGGUUGGGGAAAACAGGUGUGUGUGGGAACCAGAGGUCCCUCAAGAUGUUCUACUACCUGGGUUCCAGGGUCACACUCAGGCCACCAGGCUUGGUGGCAAGUGCUUCACUGAGCUUUCUCUCAAGCACACCCUACCUACUACUUUUCAACAGCCCUUACCCUCUCCCUCUCAUUAAAUUCUUUUUGUUUUCCUCUACUUCACCUGACUUGCAGAAUCUUAAGGGACUCUGAGUU